GUGGAGCACUAGUCAGUCCGACAGUGAAGGACACAGAAAGAGGAGAGAUUGUGCAGCAGUGCAGCGCAGGAAUAAUUAACUGAAUUAAAAUGGCAAAGAAGCAGGAGAAAAGCAUUACCCUCUCAUCUGUUUGACUGAAUAGUUGGAUAAAGCUGACAAGGAGGUACAACAGGAAUAACAAGGAGGAGAGGGAGGAGGUGCCAGAGGUCCGUCCAUGCUUAUUUCUCCUCUCGCACCAUCCGCCUGAGGAGCUUUGCUGCUGAUGGUGUCACUGCGACAGCGCUCAGUGAGGGAGCUGUGUGAGCGCGCUGGUGUGUCUGUUUAAAUAUCAACAGCUGAGAGUUCAUCUAUCAGGUGGAUGUGGAGUAAAUCUGGGAUUUGUGAGCUGGAAGAGUUUCGUUCAGGUGUCAGUUGAACAUUCCUCGUUUUCCCUCCUCUUCCCUUUUUUCCUUUGGUGCAUUCGUCUGUACGAGAAGCUUUGCCUGUUUGAUCAGGAACUGCUGCUGCGCUCUGCUUCCCCCUUUCCUACCUUGCUUUUCUUCAGCCCUCUACCGGCUUUUUAGUAACUGUUCUGGGACUACAAUUGGCGGUCUGGUUUGGUGGCUCCCCCACAGACAGAAAAAGCAUAUGGAUGCCACUGCGUCUUAUACAUCGUUACCCAAUAUGCCAGAAGCCUAAAUCCUUGGGCGGACUCCACUGCCUAGGCUCCCAACCACAGUUGAUGCCUGCUGCCUUUCAGCCAACCCACACACCAUCUUUGGCAGAUCCAUGUUGACUCUAUCUGUUCAAAGACUCAAUAGUCUCCAGCUGCCUCUUUGAGGACAUCAGAAAGAGAAAGGAAAAGUGGGAAAAAAAAUUGCUGGGGUUUGAAAAUCUUGCUCCUCUGAUGAAUUCCCUUUUUUUCCCCGGAUUCUGAUUCUGUGAAGUGAAAAAACCUGAACUGACACCAACCCUAAGCCUUGACACAGCGGGUGAAAUGUAAUUGAAAAAAAACAAAAAUAUUGGACACUUCUUCCAACGAGCCUCCCCGCAGUGCUGAGUCACACAAGGUGACAUGCGUCUCAUCCUACCAUGUAGCCACAACAACUUGAGGAAACCUCCCAGAAACUUUUCUUCCAAACACUCAGCUAUUUUUAACAAGCUGAUACACAACACUGAGUCAAUCAGCUGAGAGGAGAGGAGACUGGGUUAUUAUCAGCCUGUGCACUUCCUAUUUACAUCUUUAGUCUUUGUUUUCUGAGUAAUUAUCUUUUUAAUUAAUGGUGACAGAGGUGUGAAUUCCUCCUUGCCACCUUCUUCAGCUCUUUCCUUUUUCACCGCUGCUAAAGACACCUGAAACCAAUUAACUACAACUGAUCUAGUUGUAUUAGACACGAGAAGAACUGAAGUGAUUAGAUGUAAAUACAAAGAGAGUUAAAAGGCGACCAAGAACAAAACAAGACCAAGAGAACGGAGAGGGUGAAAGAGAACCUGCCGGUCAACCUGGUAUUUGAUAAAAGGGAGGAUCAGAGGGCAGUGGAGGAUAUGGCCAGAUUAAGGUGCCAACACGCUAAGAUAAUAACUAGUUGUGAGUCAGUGGGGAAGAUUGACUGCAGGAGCCCAGAGUCUUGACUGACAGGCAAAGGACUCAUUGCCAUUCUUUGUGCUGUGCGAAGCAUAGCAUCACAGAGAGGGAGAGGAGAAACUCCUGGCUGGCUGCCACAAUCAGGGCCAAUUAGGAGAAUUUGAUUAUAUGCCUUAAUCUUGGCAGUCAGGUGGAAAAGCAGUCAGACAGAGAAAGAGGAGGCUGAGCAGGUGCCACCGAUACACACCAUUAUCUCUGUCCAUCUCUAAUUGAGUUUGUUUCUGCCCCUGUGAGUGUCUCAUCUCCAAACAAGAGUUUUAAGUGGUGGAGGUUCCUCAAGAGAAAACAGGAAAAGAGGAAGAAAAAAACACUUUGUGUUUUCCUUCAGAGAUAUACAAGGACUGUUUUCUAUCUCCCUCAUCUCUUUAAACCUAUUUUCCAUCCGUUCCUCAAGAUUUAUCAUCCCAACAUGGACUUGUCCUUUCUGGAAGUUUCCCUGCAGCUUCCUCUAUCUCCAUAUUGAGCCUGAGAUAAAAGCAAGAGAGGAACUGAUAGGCAUAGAAAGGAAAAGAAGCAGCAAGGCACUGAAUCCGUGGAGGACAGAGCAGACUUUAUUUCCUUCCUCAAUCUCAGACACCCCCAGGCUCCUGCCAAGUGUCCCCAAAGCUGCACUUCCUCUUUUUUAAAUUUCCUCGUCUCCCUCGGAGCCCGUUUCCCUGCUCCCCUCCUUGUGGAUCAUACGCUCCAUCCUGGACCUCACCAAGAUUAAAGUGGCCCCAGUUACCCGAGGAAAUCCUUUGAUAUCGGCUCCCAGUGUUGUCAACAUAAUUCUGUGGCGGUACAGGCAGCCAGCAGACCAUUCUCCAUGAGGAGCAGUGGAAGAUGCCGGCUCUGCCAGCACUGCUGCUGUCGAUUUAUGUUGUCGUCCUGCUGCUGACUAUGGCACCUCUCUUCUUCAGCCAGGCCAACACCCUAUCUGCCGUCCGGAUGGCGGCCAUUUUGGAUGACCAGUCUGUGUGUGGUCGUGGUGAGCGUCUGGCUCUGGCUCUGGCCAGGGAGAACAUUAACAGUCAGAUGGAGGGUUCUGCCCAGGCCAGGGUAGAGGUGGAUGUCUAUGAGCUACAGAAGGAUUCCCAGUACGACACCACCGACACCAUGUGCCAGAUCCUGCCUAAGGGCGUGGUCUCAGUGAUCGGCCCUGCCUCCAGUCCCGCCUCAGGGUCGACAAUCAGUCACAUCUGUGGGGAGAAAGAGAUUCCUCAUGUGAAGAUCGGCCCUGAAGAAACCCCAAAACUGCCAUACCUACGCUUCGCCUCGGUGACUCUCUACCCGAGUAACGAAGACCUCAGCCUGGCCAUCGGAUCCAUCCUGCAGUCCUUUGGCUACCCAACAGCUAGCCUCAUUUGUGCUAAAGCAGAGUGCCUGCUCCGAUUAGAGGAGCUUGUUCGCCACUUCCUUAUCUCCAGAGAGACGCUGUCGGUGCGAAUGCUGGAUGAAAGUCUGGAUCCCACCCCUUUGCUGAAGGAGAUCCGUGAUGACAAAGUGGCUACCAUCAUCAUCGAUGCUAAUGCUUCUAUAUCUUAUCAUAUUCUCAGGAAGGCUAACGAGCUGGGGAUGAUGUCAGCCUUCUACAAGUACAUUCUCACCACCAUGGAUUUCCCUCUGCUCCAGCUAGAUGAUGUUGUGGGUGACCAGUCCAACAUCGUUAGUUUCUCCAUGUUGAACAUUUCCCAUCCUUUCUACCUGGAUUUCAUCAGGAGCCUGAACCUGUCGUGGAAAGAAGGGUGCAGCAUCAACCCAUACCCAGGACCUGCGCUGUCAUCUGCCUUGAUGUUUGAUGCUGUUCACGUGGUGGUGAGCGCCGUGCGGGAGCUGAACCGCAGUCAGGAGAUUGGCGUGAAGCCACUGAGCUGCACCUCCCCCCUCAUCUGGCAACAUGGGACCAGCCUCAUGAACUACCUACGCAUGGUAGAAUAUGAUGGUCUGACAGGCCACAUUGAGUUCAACAGUAAAGGACAGAGGACCAACUACACCCUGAAGAUCUUGGAGAAACACCCUGCAGGCCAUAAAGAAAUUGGCACUUGGUAUUCCAACAACACAUUGGCAAUGAACUCAACUUCUUUGGACCUGAAUGCCUCAGAAACACUAGCUAACAAGUCCUUAAUUGUCACCACGAUACUGGAAAACCCAUAUGUAAUGCGCAAGUCCAAUUAUCAGGGCUUCCAAGGAAAUGACCAGUACGAAGGUUUUUGUGUGGACAUGCUGAGGGAGCUGGCAGACAUCCUGAAAUUCUCCUUCAAGAUUAAGCUAGUGGAUGAUGGGUUAUAUGGAGCACCUGAACCUAAUGGCAGCUGGACCGGCAUGGUGGGGGAGUUAAUCAACAGGAAAGCUGACCUGGCUGUCGCCGGCUUCACCAUAACCUCAGAGAGGGAGAAGGUAAUUGAUUUCUCCAAGCCAUUCAUGACUCUGGGAAUCAGCAUCCUCUACCGAGUGCAUCUGGCUCGAAAACCAGGUUACUUUUCUUUUCUCGACCCGUUUUCUCCUGCUGUUUGGCUUUUCAUGCUGCUGGCCUACCUUGCUGUCAGCUGCGUUCUCUUCCUCGCCGCCAGGCUCAGUCCUUAUGAGUGGUACAACCCUCACCCAUGUUUACGGGAGCGGCGGGACAUCCUGGAGAACCAGUACACACUGGGAAACAGUCUGUGGUUCCCAGUUGGAGGCUUCAUGCAACAAGGCUCAGAGAUUAUGCCGCGGGCCCUGUCCACCCGCUGCGUCAGCGGAGUCUGGUGGGCGUUCACUCUCAUCAUAAUCUCUUCCUACACGGCCAACCUGGCGGCGUUUCUCACCGUACAGAGAAUGGAGGCGCCGAUCGAGUCUCCCGACGACCUGGCAGACCAAACCAACAUCCAAUAUGGUACCAUACACGGAGGGUCCACCAUGACCUUCUUCAUGAACUCGCGGUACCAGACGUACCAGCGAAUGUGGAACUACAUGAAGUCCAAGCAGCCCAGUGUGUUUGUGAAGAGCACAGAAGAGGGUAUCGCCCGUGUCAUCAAUUCCAAGUACGCCUUCCUGAUGGAGAGCACCAUGAACGAGUAUUACCGCAGCCUAAACUGUAACCUCACGCAGAUCGGAGGACUGCUGGACACAAAGGGAUACGGCAUCGGCAUGCCGCUGGGCUCUCCAUACCGAGAUGAGAUCACGCUGGGGAUCCUGCAGUUGCAGGAGAGCAACAGGCUGGAGAUUCUGAAGAGACGCUGGUGGGAGGGAGGCCAGUGUCCUAAAGAGGAGGACCACCGAGCCAAAGGUCUCGGCAUGGAGAAUAUUGGCGGGAUCUUUGUAGUUCUGAUUUGUGGCCUCAUCGUAGCUGUGUUUGUGGCCAUCAUGGAGUUUGUGUGGUCAACUCGCCGCACCGCUGAGACAGGCGAGGUCUCUGUUUGUCAGGAGAUGUUGACAGAGUUUCGAAAUGCAGUUUCUUGUAAGAAAAGUUCCCGGGCUCGUCGGCGCCGCCCCCUAAGCAGUGCUGGGGGUGGAGUUCUGCGUCAUCCCUCCCGACUAGCUCUAGCAGGCCCUAGGCCAAUUCGGCUAGUCCGAGAGAUGCGACUCAGCAAUGGGAAACUCUACAGUGGCACUGGGCCCCUGACUGGGGGUUUGGCUGGGCUGGGGGCAGGUAUUGCGACAGGACCUGAUUUGGGCCCAGGGCCACAGAGGCUCUUGGACGAUCCAUUAGGCGUCAACUCCUCCUCUAGUAACCCUCCUCCACCUCCCCCUAUGCCAGCCUUUGAGGCUCCACCCGCCCCGCCACGCAGCUUCCUGCAGAGCUGCAGCCAUGUCCGCAUCUGCCAGGAGUGCCGGCGGAUCCAAAGUCUGCGGCCAGCCACACUCACCCCUCCUCCACCUCCUCCACCUUCUUCCUCCUCUUCUGCCUCGUCCUGCUCCCGUAUCCCUCCUUCGCUGGCGAUGUCGGGACAUCACCAUCGCCAUAAUCCCCACCACCACCUCCACUACCACCACGGAUCCAUGUCAUUACCCCGCCUCCCUCCUCCUCCUCCCCCAAUCUCAACAGACAGAGCCGACAGUGAUGGGGGAACAGCGAGCCCACUACGGGCGACAAACAGACCCGCACCCCCACCCAGGCCGCCACCUGCCAAAGGACCAACAUACCCACCAACGGACUUACUUGGGGGACACAAUUGUGCUUAAAAACAUUGAGUAAAGACUCAAAAGAUACAUUUUAAAACAUUCAAACUUUUCCUUUGGCCCUAGCAACACAGCUGUACCUGUCCAAACUCCUGAGGAAGAGAAGAGAAGAAACUAUUUGGACCCAUUUGUAAGUUGGAUCCCUCAAAGUGGAGCCUUUGGCUCAGUUCAUACUACAAACCUUUACUGAGUGAUGAUUGAUUCUAAGCCCUCUAACCUGGCAGCGGAGAGGAUUAAAUAAAUUGAACUCUGGAAUUUGCAACUUGAAGCAGUUGCACGAAUAGGCAGAGAAUUAGCGAACAACUUCAGAUUCAGUCCACCAUCUCUUACCUCGCAAAUCCUCCCAUUUCAAGAAUAGACGACUUUGAGACACAAACAGGUAGAGGUCACCGUUGUUUUUGUUUUGUUUUUUUUCUUUCUUUAUUUUCAUUUGAAUACAGAAGUAGGUGUUUGUGUAAGAGGAUACCUUCCCGCAGACAAGUGGUAGCAGAGCAGUUGUACAGUAAUCAUGGUCUUCUGUCACACUUUUGGACGUUUGUGGAAGGAGGAUGUAGCUUUUUCCCCAUUCUGUUUUGCUGUUUGUAAAGAUUCCUGCUGGCUGGUGCUGUGAUCCACAGAGCAGAUAAACAAAAAAGUAAUUACUUGCCUAAAGUGUACAAAACUGUGCUGAGGUAGUUCUUGUGUUGCAUAGAAAAUGUAUCAAGUCAGAAAAAUGCACUGUGAGGCAUCUGAAGGUAAAGGGCUGAGAAGCAACAAGAGUUCAUUAUUUUUAUAAAGAAAACAACAAAAAACAAAGAAAAAAAGUUUGAAAUCUUUGAGAUGUCAUGUUACACAACUUCAAGAUGUGACAACCAGUUGCAUAGCAAUGUUUUUAGGUAAAAAACAAAGGUAUUUUUAGCAUUGUUUGGGGAGAAGAACAUCACUUAAGGCCUUUGCACACCAUGUCUCAGUUCUUCAGUUUAUGUCAGCAGAGUAAUCAUGCACAUGAAUGUUAUUGUCUAAAAUUAAAUCAGAAAAACUGUCUGAUGUGCAUCAACCAUUCAGAUAUAAAGAACAUGUAACUGUUUAUAGAAGUGUGUGAUCUUCUUUUAGAUGUGCUGAUCCAGUAUUAUCAGCAGCAUGCAUGAAUCGAUCGUGAAAUGGUCACAUUUGUUUUUUCAGCUGAAGUCUUCUUCAUGCUUGGUUGGAUGGACCAGCUUUUUACUUAUUUUUCUACUGUAAACGACAACAAAACCGCCUUGACAAUAUAGCAUUUCUAUUCUGCCUUGUAUUGUAAAAUUUCCACAAAGGUUUGAUUAAUUAAACCCUUGGGACAACAUUUGCUAGCUUUUGGCACUGUCAAAUUUGUUAGAUGAUGGAUUAAGAUAAUAUAGUAUGUGUAGACUUGUGCAAAGGCCUUUUGGUUUGUAGUUUUUAAUUUAGCAUAUAAGGCUAUUUCUAUUAUCGAAUGACACUGAUGUCACAAAAUGGAUGAGCAGGUGAAUUUAACAUACACCUCAAGAUGUCACUUUAACAUAUAUUUUUAUACACAUUAGGUUAAUGUAAAAUUCAGAUGUAUAAAAUUUAUACUGAGUCAAGUUAGCAGUCUGAAACUCUUUCUUAGCAUGCUAGGCUAAGUGAGGCUAACAGGAAUGGAAAACUAAUUUCAAGCAGUAAGCUUCCAGUAAGCAGUCAAAUGGGGAUAAAAAGUGAAAGGAUCCAGAUCUUAUUUUAGAAAAUUAUCUUUCAUCCAGCCAAAAAAUAUCAGUUUUCUAUAAUUUUAUGUGAAACCAAGCUGCUUAAUUAGGUAAAUAGCAGGGUUAUUUCCACAACGUUAGCCAUAGCUUAAAGCUAACUAGAAUUUUCCUCUAAAUACAAAACCUUCCACCAGACUUAGCAAUUUUUUAAUAAGGAUGAUUAAGUGGCCACAAUUGGAAUACAAAAUAUAUUAUUCAAGUGCAUUAAAACUGGAAAAUAUUGUUUCAGAUAAUAAUAAGCCCAUCUAGGGACAAGAGCUGUGAAUUAGCUGUUGCUAUUGAACUAUGACGUAAACAUGGGACUGCUGUCUUGUUCAUUUUGUCUACGUCGCUGUAUGUCUGUCCCUACCAAAUAAACCAAUUAAAAAAAAAAAAAAA